CCUCCCUGGACCUCAGCGGCUGCUCAGAACUGACUGAUGGGGCGCUCUUGGCCGUGAGCCGGGGCCUGCAGCACCUGCGGCGCCUGAGCCUGGGGAAGCUGCAGCGGCUGACAGACACAGGAUGUACAGCUCUGGGUGGCCUGCGGGAGCUGCAGAGCCUCAACAUGGCCGAGUGCUGCCUGGUAGAGGGCGGGAACUGGCCCAGGCCCUGGGCUCUGUGCACGGGGCUCCAUCCCAGCUGGCCUCCCUCAGCCUGGCCCACUGCUCUUCGUUGAAGCCACGCCCAGAGCUGGAGCAUCAGGCCUCAGGCACCAAGGACCCCUGUCCCGAGCCACAGGGCCCCUCCCUGCUCAUGCUGCGGGCCCUGCAGGAGUUGGACCUCACAGCCUGCAGCAAGCUGACUGAUGCCAGUUUAGCCAAGGUGCUCCAGUUCCCCCAGCUGAGGCAGCUGUCCCUGAGCCUGUUGCCAGAACUCACAGACAAGGGCUUGGUGGCUGUGGCCAGGGGCUGUCCUAGCCUGGAGCACUUGGCGCUGAGUCACUGCAGCCGCGUCAGUGACAAGGGCUGGGCCCAGGCAGCCAGCUCCUGGCCGAGGCUGCAGCACCUCAACCUGUCCAGCUGCAGUCAGCUCACAGAGCAGACACUGGAUGCCAUUGGGCAGGCGUGCAGGCAGCUCCGGGUGUUGGAUGUGACCAUGUGCCCUGGCAUCAACAUGGCAGCCGUCAGACACUUCCAAGCCCAGCUGCCCCAGGUGUCCUGCGUCCAGUCCCGCUUCGUGGGAGGGGCUGACCUGACCCUAACACUCUGAGGCCGGGUCAGUAACCAGCCCUGCAGCACAGCCUCCUUGACUCCCCCAGUCCCCAACCCUGGCCUUGACCUGGGUUGCCUCUUGCCUCCCUCUACUGCAGACCCUCUAGGACUGGGGGUGGGGCCAAUCCAGGGCAGCCCAGAGGGAACUUCCCACCACACCGCCUGACAGUAGCCUCUUUCCAGCUACACGUCGCUGCCACAGGCCCCUGGAAAUGCUAGCUACUUGUUUGCAGUCACAGGCUCCUGCUCUCUGGCCAAGCCCUGGGCGGGAGGCCAGGCCCCCAGCGGGUGGGGUCUGGUGCUGGGAGGAGCAGAGCCCCUGCCUCUUGCCUGCCCUCUUCUCAGACCUAAGGCCCGGCUCCACCUACUCCUGUGGGACUCUCCCAGCACCCUGUGUGCACUGAGCUUCAGCAGCUUCAGCAGCUGAGCCCAGGUCUGUGUUGUAAACCCUAAGAUUAAACAUUCCAGAUAGUA